AUGAAGCGUUUUGAUCCAGCUUAUCGAGAAGAGGAGCAAACUCGAAAUACAGCUGAAUAUCAAGUUCGAAGGGCUGAUUCUGAAUAUCGGCAAGUAGAACAGUUGCGUGAUACGCUUAGUCAUCAGAGUAGACGAAGUGAUACCACCUAUAGGACCGGAGAACAAUUCCGUAAUACACUCGAGCAUCAUGUUAGACGGUCUGAUCCAACUUUUCGAGAAGAGGAGCAAACUCAAAAUACAGUUGAACAUCAAGUUCGACUAGCUGAUUCUGAAUAUUGGACUUUAGAACAAUUUCGUAAUAUUCUCGAGCAUUAUGUAAGACAGUCUGAUCCAACUUAUCGAGAAGAGGAGCAAACUCAAAAUACAGCCGAACAUCAAGUUCGACAGGCUGAUUCUAAAUAUCGACAAGUGGAACAGUUGCGUGAUACGCUUAGUCUUCGGAGAAGACGCUGUGAUACCAUAUAUAGGACUUUAGAACAAUUUCGUAAUAUUCUCGAGCAUUAUGUAAGACAGUCUGAUCCAACUUAUCGAGAAGAGGACCAAACUCAAAAUACAGCCGAACAUAAAGUUCGACGGGCUGAUUCUGAAUAUCCGCAAGUGGAACAGUUGCGUGAUAUUGCUCAUCAGAGUAGACGCUGUGAUCCCACCUAUAGGACUAGAGAACAAUUCCGAAAUACACUCGAACAUCAUGUAAGGCGUUCUGUGGCAUCUCACAUGUGUCAUCAAAAGGAGUCAAAAAUGACUCAGUUUAUUGAUUAA